UCUCUCUGUGCAGGAAGAGAUCCCAGGCCCUCCAAGAAGGGACAGCACGGGGAGAAGCCAGUGCCGUCUGAAGGGAGGGAGACUAAAGGAGGCUGCAGGGAGGGAAGACAGGGAGGGCCGAGAGCAGUCCCCGAACACGGACGAGCAUCUGUUCACUGUCAGCAGCACAAUGGAAAUAAUAUUUGGCAGAAAUAAGAAGGAGCAACUGGAGCCUGUGAGGGCCCGAGUAAUAGGCAAGAUUCCAGCCUGGCUGCAGGGAACCCUGCUCCGCAAUGGGCCUGGGAUGCACACGGUGGGCAAGACCAGAUACAACCACUGGUUCGAUGGCCUGGCCUUGCUCCACAGCUUCACAAUCAGAGACGGCGAAGUCUACUACAGGAGCAAAUACCUGAGAAGUGAUACCUACACUGCCAAUAUCGAAGCAAACCGGAUUGUGGUGUCAGAAUUUGGAACAAUGGCCUAUCCAGACCCCUGCAAAAACAUAUUUUCCAAAGCAUUCUCCUACCUGUCCCACACCAUCCCCGAUUUCACAGACAACUGUCUGAUCAACAUCAUGAGGUGUGGAGAAGACUUCUAUGCGACCACAGAGACCAAUUACAUCAGGAAAAUCAACCCCCAGACCCUGGAAACCCUGGAGAAGGUUGAUUAUCGUAAAUAUGUGGCUGUAAAUCUGGCAACAUCACAUCCUCACUACGACGCUGCUGGAAACGUUCUCAACGUUGGCACAUCCAUCGUGGACAAGGGGAAGACAAAAUAUGUGAUCUUUAAGAUCCCUGCCACAGUCCCAGGGGGCAGGAAGGAGGGCCGGAGCCCUCUGAAGGACACGGAGGUCUUCUGCUCCAUCGCUGCCCGCUCCCUCCUCUCCCCGAGCUAUUACCACAGCUUCGGAGUCACUGAGAACUACAUCAUUUUCCUCGAGCAGCCUUUCAAGUUGGACAUCCUCAAGAUGGCCACGGCCUACAUUCGGGGCGUGAGCUGGGCUUCCUGCCUGGCCUUCCAUGGGGAGGACAAGACCCACGUUCACAUCAUCGACCGAAGGACGCGGAAGCCUGUGCUGACCAAGUAUUACACAGACCCCAUGGUGGUGUUUCACCACGUCAACGCCUACGAAGAGGAUGGCUGCCUCCUGCUCGACGUCAUCGCCUACGAGGACGGCAGCCUCUACCAGCUCUUCUACUUGGCCAACCUGAACAAGGACUUCGAGGAGAACUCCAGGCUCACCUCCAUGCCCACCCUCAAGAGGUUCGCGCUUCCCCUCCACGUGGACAAGAAUGCAGAAGUGGGCUCCAAUUUAAUCAAACUGUCGUCUACAACAGCACGAGCCCUAAAGGAAAAAGAUGACCAAGUCUACUGUCAGCCGGAGUUGCUCUACGAAGGCUUAGAACUGCCUCGGAUCAAUUAUGCCCACAAUGGGAAGCCAUACCGAUAUGUCUUUGCUGCUGGAGUCCAGUGGAGCCCCAUCCCAACCAAGAUAAUAAAAUAUGACAUUCUCACGAAGUCCUCCUUGGAGUGGGGAGAGGCACACUGCUGGCCAGCGGAGCCCUUGUUCGUGCCCACGCCGGGUGCCAAGGACGAGGAUGAUGGGAUUAUCUUAUCGGCCAUUGUCUCUACUGAUCCUCAGAAGUCGCCUUUUCUGCUGGUUCUCGAUGCCAGAACUUUUACGGAAUUGGCCCGUGCGUCCGUCGAUGUGGAGAUGCACCUGGAUAUCCACGGGCUGUUCAUCCCAGACGCAGGCUGGGACCCGGAGAAGCAGGCCCCUUCCCAGGAGGAGCCGGUCCCAAGGCCUGACAACCUGGAGGCUUUGGUCCUGGGGACCAGCUCCGCCCAGCUCACGGCAGGUCCGGCCCCUGGGGGAGGUGCAGGAGAGGUGGUCCGUUCAUUCCAUUUCGCACUUAUUCUUUCUGUGGUUGCUUUGAGUCAAACUUCUGAAAACAGAACUUGUCGGUAUCUUUUCUUUCAUUUUAUUUUGGCCAUGAGGACCUUGCUUGAAAGUCAAUCAAAUAUUUAUUGAUUAGCUCUAGCCCUUGUAAUAAAGUCCCCUUCCGUGAAUACAAAGACCAUGAACAUGAAUCAGAAACUGUAUUGUCACAUAAUCAUUGUCCCUAGAAUGGGCACAUGUGACGCACUGGAGAAGAGACACAGAAACAUUUAUCACCGCUCCCCCCUCCCCACCUACCUCUCCCCUCCCUCUCUCUCCACUUCCCAGUGGACCGGGUUGUGAGUUCUAGCUUCUUCACCCAGCUGGCCCAGUAGGCAUGUGCUUUGUGGUCAUCCCAUGCAAGGCAUGGCAUAAUAUAAAAUAAAACUUUAAAGCCCUUCCAGACCUUA